CUCUGUCCCGUGAAAUCUCCUUUUUCUAGUCCAGGUGGUUCAGAAACCAUCGUUGAGUGUGGUAGAGUGAUUCUCCCAGGGCAGAUCUGUCGGAGGUCAAAAAGUAUAUUCAAUCAGAAGUAAUAAUCGUUGAGAUUGUUCAUUGAACGCCACGUUUUCUUGAACCUAGUUGUUGUAUGCGGACAACGUUGAAAUGUCGGAUUCAGAAGCGGUUAGUGAUGCGGGUAGCCCUAUAGGAAGAUCUCGGAGUGUUUCUCGCAGCAGAAGUCGCUCCAGCUCACGAUCGAGGAGUCCAUCCAGGUCUCGAUCACGUUCCCGAUCGCCGUCUGGCUCUGAAGAUGGAGAUGUAAAGAUAGAUGAAGCAGAGGAAGCCAGAUCGGGUGAUGAGGAAGCUCUUGAUGAACCUGAGGAAGAACCUGAAGGAGAAGACUUGGAUAAUAGCAGUGAAUAUGAUGAAGAAGAAGAUGAAGAGGAUGAAGAUAGGCCGAAAAAAAAGAAGAAAAAGGAUAGAUUUGGCGGCUUUAUCAUUGAUGAGGCUGAGGUAGACGAUGAGGUUGAAGAUGACGAUGAAUGGGAGGAAGGUGCCCAAGAAAUUGGUAUUGUAGGAAAUGAGGUAGACGAGUUAGGACCAACUGCACGUGAAAUCGAAGGACGACGCAGAGGCACAAACCUCUGGGAUUCGCAGAAAGAGGACGAAAUUGAAGAAUAUCUCAGAAAAAAAUAUGCUGACGAAUCGCUUGCCGCUCGUCACUUUGGCGAUGGUGGCGAAGAGAUGAGUGACGAAAUCACGCAGCAAACUCUAUUACCUGGAGUGAAAGAUCCGAAUUUGUGGAUGGUUAAAUGUCGUAUAGGAGAAGAAAAAUCUACUGUACUUCUAUUGAUGCGAAAGUACAUUACAUACCAAUUUUCGGGUGAACCUCUCCAGAUAAAAUCUAUUGUGGCACCGGAAGGUGUCAAAGGAUACAUCUAUGUAGAGGCCUUCAAACAGGCGCAUGUAAAAGCCGCCAUUGAAAGUGUUGGAAGUUUGAGAAUGGGUAUAUGGAAGCAGCAAAUGGUGCCGAUUAAAGAGAUGACGGAUGUGUUGCGAGUUGUUAAAGAACAGACUGGUCUGAAAGCCAAACAGUGGGUUCGCUUGAAACGGGGCAUUUAUAAAGACGACAUAGCUCAGGUGGAUUAUGUCGAUUUGGCGCAAAAUCAGGUGCAUCUGAAGUUACUGCCGAGAAUUGAUUAUACUAGACCACGCGGUGCAUUAAGAACAGCACAGAGUGAAUCUGAAGCUUUAAAACGCAAGAAGAAGAGACGGCCACCGGCGAAGCCGUUUGAUCCUGAGGCAAUCCGCGCCAUUGGAGGAGAAGUUACUAGCGACGGAGAUUUCCUUAUAUUCGAAGGAAAUAGAUACAGUCGUAAAGGCUUUCUUUAUAAAAAUUUCACCACAAGUGCUAUUAUCGCGGAGGGUGUUAAGCCUACACUUUCCGAAUUAGAGAGAUUCGAAGAAGCGCCAGAAGGCGUCGAAAUAGAUUUAAGCGGAACGCCAGGAACCGGGGUUUCUGGAAAGGAAGAUCAAUCUGUUGCUCACUCCUUCAGCAACGGAGAUAAUGUAGAAGUGUGCGAAGGUGAAUUGAUAAAUUUACAAGGAAAGAUUGUUUCCAUAGAUGGAAACAUGAUUAUGGUUAUGCCGAAGCACGAAGAGCUUACAGAAGCCUUGGAAUUCCAAGCUUCUGAGUUACGAAAAUACUUCACAAUGGGCGAUCACGUUAAAGUUGUGGCAGGAAGAUAUGAAGGCGACACAGGCUUGAUCGUCAGAGUAGAACAUAAUAGAGUAGUUCUAUUCUCUGAUUUGUCGAUGCACGAGUUAGAGGUUCUUCCUAGAGAUCUACAACUAUGCUCGGAUAUGGCAACAGGCGUCGACAGUUUAGGUCAAUUCCAGUGGGGUGAUUUAGUGCAACUCGACGCACAAACGGUCGGUGUUAUUGUUCGGUUAGAACGUGAGAAUUUCCACGUGCUUUCCAUGCAUGGAAAGGUGGUCGAGGCGAGGCCGCAAGGUCUCACGAAGCGUCGAGAAAACAGGAACGCAGUCGCUCUGGACUCACAACAGAAUACCAUACAGAAAAAGGAUAUCGUUAAAGUAGUCGAUGGACCACAUGCGGGUCGAGGCGGUGAAAUCAAACAUUUGUACAGAAGCUUCGCUUUCCUGCAUUCACGAAUGUUUGUUGACAACGGUGGAAUUUUUGUGUGCAAAACCAGACAUUUACAAUUAUCUGGUGGGACCAAAACAAACGCGACAACUAUGUCGGCAGUCGCUGGGUUUAUGUCACCUAGGAUUGCUUCUCCAAUGCAUCCCAGCGGGGGAGGCUUUGGCAGAGGCGGUGGAGGUGGAAGAGGCAGAGGUCGCGGUGGCGGUGCAAGACGCGAUAGGGAAUUAAUCGGAACCACUAUCAAGAUAACUGGCGGACCUUACAAGGGCAAUGUGGGUAUCGUGAAGGACGCGACGGAGACCACGGCGCGAGUGGAAUUACAUUCCACAUGCCAGACGAUUUCCGUGGAUCGAUCUCAUAUCGCAAAUGUCGGUGUACCGACGAAGGAUGGUGGUUUCAGCAGUUACAACAGAACUCCAGCGUACGUAGCUGGUGGACAAACACCGAUGUACACCAGGGAUGGAUCAAAGACACCUAUGCAUGGCUCUCAAACACCUAUGUACGAAAAUGGCUCUCGUACUCCUCAUUAUGGUUCAAUGACACCGUCUCACGAUGGCUCGCGAACACCAGGCCAGUCAGGAGCUUGGGACCCGGCUGUCACAAAUACUCCCGCCAGAACAAACGAUUUCGAUGGCUACAGUAUGGAAGAGGGUGGCUCGCCUGGCUACGCGCCUGGAUAUCCUCCCACCGGCGGUCCGUUCACUCCGCAAACUCCAGGCACUAUGUACGGCUCAGAACAAAGCUUCAGUUCGUACCAGCCGAGUCCUAGUCCUGCUGGAAGUGCCACUGCGAGUCCAAGUCCUGCAGGUUACGUUGCCACACCAUCCCCAAGUGGAACUGGAUAUACCACAAGUCCACAUGGAGCAUUCGCAACUCCAUCUCCAAUCGGUUAUAGUCCUAUGACACCAGGUAGCCCAUACAAUCCACAAACACCUGGCGCAGGAUUGGAUACAGGUGUCGGUUCUGGUAUCAUAGGAGGCUCAGAAUGGCACACAACUGAUAUCGAAGUACGCAUUCGCGACUCCCAUGACGAUCCUGCGCUCGCUGGUCAGCAAGCAGUCAUUCGUGGAAUUUCGGGCGGUAUGUGCACCGUUUACUUACCUACCGAGGAUAGAGUUGUCAACUUAGGGUGCGAGCAACUUGAACCUGUAAUACCGUCGCGCGGUGAUCGAGUCAAAGUAAUUCUCGGCGAAGACCGAGAAGCCGUCGGCACUUUGCUCUCGAUCGACAACCAAGAAGGAGUAGUAAAACUUAAUACGGAAGAAAUAAAAUUCUUACAAUUAAGAUUUUUAUGUAAAAUGAAGGCUUCCUAAGACUUUCUAAUUCUGCGCAUCGAUAGCCAGAUUUUUUGCAGAAAUAAAGAAACGAGAUUUUCUAGUUCCAAGAUAUUUUACAGAACUUGUAUUUGAAAAAACAAUCAAUGUAAAAUAUGGUACUACAAAAUUACAUGAGAUUAAGAUUGAAGCUGUUAUGGUCUUAAAACAAAUAAAAGUACGAUACUGAUUAACGUACAGUAGAUAAAAUAAAUAUUUGUACAUUUAUUUUUUUUUGAGUACAUGAAUAUUGACAAUGAUGAAAAUAUAUGUAUAAUGUAUUAUUGAACAAUAUUGGAAUACUUAAGUAAACAUAAAUGACAUUACCUACCCAAUAAUUACUGAAAAUGCAUCUUAUGUAAUAUGAUGUUAUUUCGCUACUAUUAUGUCAUUUAACUUUCACAAAUUAACAUAAAUUUCUCACACUGAUUUUAGUAUAUUUCUCUUUUUUUAAGAAUAUCUAAGAGUGUUUUAAUGAUAAACUUGUAUGAUAUUUUAAUGAAGAAUAUUAUAUUUUGAAGGAAUAAACAGCGCAAAAAAUUUAUGUAUAUUAUUACUAAGUGACAUACAAAGUUUGUAUUCUUCAUUAAUCAGCGCUUACGUAUGCAUUAUGUAUGCAUUAUGUAUGCAUUAUGUAUGCCUUAAUAUAUGCGAUGUAAAUAAACAUAAGUACAUACA